CUUAGACAUAUUAUAGAAAUUGACAUUAAGGGAUUAUACGUGAAACGGGUUCUCAUUAAAGUAAACGAUUAUCAUUUUGACCGGAACUAGUAAUGAACUCUAUAGACUGUUGAUAUUUUACCAGAAAAGUUUAAAGGCAGUGGUGGAUGUUUUAAAAGCGACGGCAACUUAUUAAUGCACACGUAUUUCUCUUCUCAGUCUAAACCACCUGUUCUUCGAUAAACAUGAUUUAUUAAUACGGUUAUUUAAACCUUAUCCGGUUGAGAAUGUGCGAGCAAUCAGAGCUAUUUUCGUUGAGGAACAAAUUUAGAUUCGGGAUUUACUGACUUGGACAAGCAGUUGGGAAAACAACCUCUCUCUAUACACACGGGAUUAUUUACUUUCUGUAUAUUUGGAAUUUAUAGAAGAAUGUGCUAUGACAUUAAAUAGGGGAAUUAACAAACUGAUGGACGCCCGUGAAGGAACGAAGCUCUCUAUAAGUGCAUUUUCACAAUGAAAUUCAGUCGACGUGGUUUUAUAUUGCUGCUAGCGUGCAUCGGGCUGGCCGGGACUACUCCCCCUACCCUCCUAGAAUCCGCUUUUCCCUCCCAUUACGACGAAAAUCGCCGACGAGAGAUCAUCCAGGCUUUUGAGAAAACUUUCUUGCAUCUCUUUGGAUUGAAGGAGCGACCAAAGCCCAAAAAAGACAUUUUUAUUCCACAGUAUUUAUUAGAUCUGUAUGAAAAACAUAGUGAAGACCCGGAUUCUCUGGGAGAGAGCGUCAAUGUCAGAAGACGCGGGGCGGGAUCCGCCAAUACAGUUAGAAGUUUUCUCCAUAAAGAAUUGAAUACUGACGUCAUCAGUAUGGCGGGAUGCGGUGAUCAGAACUGUGCCCAUUUCUACUUCAACGUGUCGUCUAUCCCCGUCGAGGAAUCUUUAACUGGUGCUGAGCUAAGACUCUUUGUUGAUCAAAACAAUGAAACAAAUCCAGUUGGGAACAGGAAACAGUUCAGACAUAAAAUAGAAAUUCACGAGGUUCUCCAACCGGAAACCGCGAAUUCUGAAGCCAUAACGAGGCUGCUGGAUGUUCGUCACGUGGGAGGGAAGAAUUCAUCUUGGGAAUCUUUUGACAUUCAUCCAGCAGUAUUAAAAUGGAAAAAGAAUCCAACAUUAAAUCAUGGAUUAAAAGUCCGUGUGUUGUCAUUUAAAAACAAACCGUCCACAGACUCAGUGAAACACGUACGUUUACGACGUGACGUUGAGAGUGUUGAGGAAGCGUGGCAUGAGAGACCUCUAUUGGUGACCUUUACGGAUGAUAACCGUGGGUCACGGACUAAGCGAGCAACUAGUGAUAAAAAAGUGAAAAAGAAUAAGAAAAAUAGAAAAAACAAAAAUAAGCGAAGGAAAAAUAGGAAGAAAAAUAGAAAAAAUAAAACUAAGAGGAAAAAGUAUAACAACCAGUGUCGUAGGAAGGAAUUAAAUGUAGACUUCAAAGCCGUGGGUUGGAACGAUUGGAUAUUCGCGCCACCCGGUUAUAAUGCGUAUUAUUGCGAUGGUUCGUGUCAUUGGCCGUACGAUGACCACAUGAAUGUGACCAAUCACGCAAUAGUCCAAGACUUAGUGAACUCCAUUGACCCUAGGGCAGCCCCAAAGCCCUGCUGUGUACCCACAGAACUCAGUUCUUUGUCCUUGUUAUAUACUGACGAACACGGCGCGGUGGUGCUGAAAGUUUAUCAAGACAUGGUAGUAGAAGGCUGUGGUUGCCGGUAGCCUUCGUAUUGACCCAUUAACUUGUUAUUGUUAUAAUUGUUGUGAUAUUAUUUAUUUGCGAAAAUGGAUGAACAUGUGUGUCACGUGUGUUCCAGGUGUGUGUUCGGAAGCUUCAUGUUGCUCAUCAGUUUCCCGUUCAUUGACAAUCAUAUCAUGAAUUUUAUCAUUUUUUGCAUAAAAUUAAAACUAAUUGUUAUGAUUUUGAAAAAAAGUUAUUUAAGUUCUCUUUUUUUUUUGUAUUACUGUACUUAUAUGGUUAAAAACUAAAAAUAAGAAACAACCA